AUGGCUGGGUGCAGGCUCGAGCUGUUGCUAGUCCUGACUUGGACUCUGCUGCCGGUGUCCGUCCGGGGGUGGGAGCGCAUAAAUGAAACUCAGCUUCGCAGUUUGUAUGAGCCCGGAGAGAGGGGCGAACCACAUGACCCUACAGAUUACAGUAGUGGCCUUGACCAGGGUGAAGCUAAAAUUCUUGAAGAUGUGGUCCUUGAAGCCGAAGACCCACGCACUAUGGUGGUGGUGGUGUGGACCGUGGGUUCCAGUGAAAGUGGCUUCCAAAUUAUUCUGCCAACAGGACCUUUGAGUGAGGUCAAGGUGUUUGGCUCUGGGGACAGUCUGCUGCCUAUUGUUGGUGCGCCAGAAAACUGUGGUUAUGAAGUGGAUCUGCUGAAGAACACCUUAACUGUACCCUUCAAUGGGUGCAAUGUGGAGCGGCAUGCGGAUGGCUUCAGUCUACAGCUGUUGUACACCGAUACACUUGGCCAGAAACGAGUGUCGACCACAUCUUGCGACAAGUUUGAUCCAGAAAUGGUGCCACGUUCAGGUGGUGGGCCCUUGAUGUGUGUUAAACUGGUCAGAGAUCCACAAGCACUGGUUCCACCAGCUAUGUUACCGGUUCCUUCAGUACCACAACCAGGAUUGCCCCAACCAGCAUUCCCUCAAUCAUCACCAACAUUAAGACAACAUUGCAGCAUCCCUGUGGGAGAGCAGGUGAGAUGUGGUCAUUAUGGAAUAUCUAUCCCAGAAUGUCGGGCCAUGGGCUGUUGUGUGGAUUUGCUAGCGUCUGUCUGCUACUACCCACUUGAAGAGUGCACAGUGGAUCAACAUUUUGUAUUUGCCAUUCGGUACAACUCUGCAUCCAUCCCUGUUGAUCCUACCAGACUGAUUGUUCCUGGAAAUCCAGAGUGUAAACCAGCCAUUGUUAACAACCAGGUCGCCAUCUUUAAGUUCAAAGUUACAGAAUGUGGAACCCAUUCUUAUGAUGUUGGUGAGGUGACGAUAUACCUGGCUGAAGUGCAGAGUAUUGUUCACGCUCUCAAUCUAAAGUAUGGUGUCAUUACAAGAACUGAUCCACUCAGAUUCCUGAUUGAGUGCCGCUAUAACAAAUGGGGCACUGCUCAGUCAAUGGCUAGUGUUGGCUACAUGGUGAAGACCCCACCUUCCAGUAUGCCUUCUUCAGUCAUCUCUAACAGUUUAUAUGGUGUCGAGUUGAGAAUUGCCAAAGAUGAGACUUAUUCAAGUUUCUAUGACCAUCACCAUCAGCCCUUGCGGCUGCUCCUCGGCCGCCCUGUGUAUCUUGAAUUGCGCCUCAGCUCUCCUAACGCAGAUGCAAUAAUUCUUGUGAAUUACUGCCUUGCAUAUCCUCGUUCUGCAAGAAAUGCUCUGGUGCUAAUCUAUGAAGGGUGUGCCAAUCCUCAUGAUCCACAUGUGUCCAUACUUAAAGUCAGCAAUGUUCCUGGAGUGAAUCAUGAAAAACGCUUUAUAGUGAGUGCCUUCCAGUUCAUGGAUCAAAGGACAAACAAGUACCUAAAUGAAGAGAUUUAUUUCAUGUGCUCUGCAGAAGUUUGUCUGCCAGCAGAAAAGAGAUGUGAUGAGCGGUGCUUUGAUGGGAGGAUUGCACAAACCCAAGGGAACCUGGGUCUGUCCUGGGGCCUCAUUCCAGUGGGAUGUGCUAGAAAUGCCUGA